CUCUGCUCCUUAAGAGAAGCCCAUCCGAAGGGAGGGGGGGCUGGAGAAUAAACAGCAUCCUUCUAGGAACUAGGGUCCUGCCCCGUGCUUGCUGGGAGGUCGCCGUGCGGUGCUCAGGGGCUCAGAGAAAACAGCAGCAAAUUCAUUUUCCCCUGAGGAGCAAUGGGGGGACACGUCUUUGGUUGGAUCCACCUCCCCGAGCUGGGUCCCGGCGGAGCACUUCGCUGGAAAUGAUCAGUUGCUGCUGAGCUGUCGGUCCUCCCCACCCCUCCUCCCAGAAUCAGGGAAACCUCCUCCUCCUCUUUUUCCCCCUGGCAGCUGGCACAGCAGCCCCACUUGGCGCUUGCCUUUGUGGGGAGCCCUCAGCUCAGAACACGGCUGCUCCUGGCGUCCCCCCUUCUUUCUCUUCUUCUCCUUUCCAUUGGAUGGGCAAUGGGUGCGUGGGCUUCGGCCGGCUCGGCUCUCCAGGCGUUGGCAAGGUGGGACCCUCAGGACAGCUGGAGGACCCGCUGCGCUGUCCACUAGCCUUGCCGCGGGAGGAGCCCCGGAGCUCAUGAGAUACAGCUGCGCACUGUGCUGGAGGCCGAAGACCCUGCGAGUUCUGAGCGAGGUCCAUGGAUGUGGAAGGCCUCCCGGGUCCCGGACCCCAUGUUCUCCCCGCGCAAUUAUGACGCUCUGCACGACGGCGGCUCGGGGCCCCCGGGUGUGGACCGCACGGCCAGAGCCCCACAGGACGCGCGGGUCCCCUGGAUGAGCGGCGGCUUCCAGGGCCCCCCUCUGAAGCGGCGGGGCGGUGUCGUGGACCACCGGGAUGUCAUCUUGGCCCACCAGGCGCACAAAGUCCACAGCACCCCCCAGGCCAGAAGGAAAGAAUGGGAAAUGGCCCGCUUCGGAGACGAGAUGCCGGCCCGCUACGGGGGAGGAGGCUCCGGGGCAGCCGCCGGGGUGGUCGUGGGCGCCGGAGGCGGGCGAGGAGCCGGGGGCAGCCGGCAGGGCGGGCAGCCCGGGGCGCAAAGGAUGUACAAGCAGUCAAUGGCGCAGAGAGCGCGGACCAUGGCCCUCUACAACCCCAUCCCCGUCCGACAGAACUGCCUCACGGUCAACCGGUCUCUAUUCCUCUUCAGCGAGGACAACGUGGUGAGAAAAUACGCCAAAAAGAUCACCGAAUGGCCUCCCUUUGAAUAUAUGAUUUUAGCCACCAUCAUAGCAAACUGCAUUGUCCUUGCUCUGGAACAACACCUACCCGAUGAUGACAAGACCCCAAUGUCUGAACGACUGGAUGAUACAGAACCAUACUUCAUUGGAAUUUUUUGUUUCGAGGCUGGCAUUAAAAUCAUCGCCCUGGGGUUUGCCUUCCAUAAAGGCUCUUACUUAAGGAAUGGUUGGAACGUGAUGGACUUUGUGGUGGUGCUAACAGGCAUCUUGGCGACUGUUGGGACGGAGUUUGACCUACGGACGCUGAGGGCAGUUCGAGUGUUGAGGCCGCUCAAGCUGGUGUCUGGAAUCCCAAGUUUACAAGUCGUCCUGAAGUCGAUCAUGAAGGCAAUGAUCCCCCUGCUGCAGAUCGGCCUCCUCCUAUUUUUUGCAAUCCUUAUUUUUGCAAUCAUAGGGUUAGAAUUUUAUAUGGGAAAAUUUCAUACCACCUGCUUUGAAGAGGGGACAGAUGACAUUCAGGGUGAGUCUCCGGCUCCGUGUGGGACAGAGGAACCCGCCCGCACCUGCCCCAAUGGGACCAAAUGUCAGCCCUACUGGGAAGGGCCCAACAAUGGGAUCACUCAGUUCGACAACAUCCUAUUUGCAGUGCUGACAGUUUUCCAGUGCAUCACCAUGGAAGGGUGGACUGACCUCCUCUACAACAGCAACGAUGCCUCAGGGAACACUUGGAACUGGUUGUACUUCAUCCCCCUCAUCAUCAUUGGCUCCUUUUUUAUGCUGAACCUCGUGCUGGGUGUGCUGUCAGGGGAGUUUGCCAAAGAAAGGGAGCGGGUGGAGAACCGGCGGGCUUUUCUGAAGCUCAGGAGGCAGCAGCAGAUUGAACGAGAGCUCAAUGGGUACAUGGAGUGGAUCUCAAAAGCAGAAGAGGUGAUCCUCGCGGAGGAUGAAACCGACGGGGAGCAGAGGCAUCCCUUUGAUGUUGGAGCUCUGCGGAGAGCCACCAUAAAGAAGAGCAAGACAGACCUGCUCAACCCCGAGGAGGCUGAAGAUCAGCUGGCCGACAUCGCCUCUGUGGGGUCUCCCUUCGCCCGAGCCAGCAUUAAAAGUGCCAAGCUGGAGAACUCGACUUUUUUUCACAAAAAGGAGAGGAGGAUGCGUUUCUACAUCCGCCGCAUGGUCAAAACUCAGGCCUUCUACUGGACUGUGCUCAGUCUGGUAGCCCUCAACACGCUCUGUGUUGCUAUUGUUCACUACAACCAGCCCGAGUGGCUCUCCGACUUCCUCUACUAUGCAGAAUUCAUUUUCUUAGGACUCUUUAUGUCCGAAAUGUUUAUAAAAAUGUACGGGCUUGGGACGCGGCCUUACUUCCACUCUUCCUUCAACUGCUUUGACUGUGGGGUUAUCAUCGGGAGCAUCUUCGAGGUCAUCUGGGCUGUCAUAAAACCCGGCACAUCCUUUGGAAUCAGCGUGUUACGAGCCCUCAGGUUAUUGCGUAUUUUCAAAGUCACAAAGUACUGGGCAUCUCUCAGGAACCUGGUCGUCUCUCUUCUCAACUCCAUGAAAUCUAUCAUCAGCCUGUUGUUCCUCCUUUUCCUGUUCAUCGUUGUCUUCGCCCUUUUGGGAAUGCAACUCUUUGGCGGCCAGUUUAAUUUUGAUGAGGGGACUCCUCCUACCAACUUCGACACUUUUCCAGCAGCAAUAAUGACAGUGUUUCAGAUCCUGACGGGCGAAGACUGGAAUGAGGUCAUGUAUGACGGUAUCAAGUCUCAGGGGGGUGUGCAGGGCGGCAUGGUGUUCUCCAUCUACUUCAUCGUGCUGACGCUCUUCGGGAACUACACCCUCCUGAAUGUGUUCUUAGCCAUCGCGGUGGACAAUUUGGCCAACGCCCAGGAGCUCACCAAGGAUGAGCAAGAAGAAGAAGAAGCAGCCAACCAGAAACUUGCUCUACAGAAAGCCAAGGAGGUGGCGGAAGUGAGUCCCCUGUCGGCAGCCAACAUGUCCAUAGCUGUGAAGGAGCAACAGAAGAACCAGAAGCCCACCAAGUCAGUGUGGGAGCAGCGGACCAGUGAGAUGCGGAAGCAGAACCUGCUGGCCAGCCGGGAGGCCCUAUACAACGAGAUGGACCCUGAUGAGCGCUGGAAGGCCUCCUACGCCCGGCACCUGCGGCCGGACAUGAAGACUCACCUGGACCGGCCGCUGGUGGUCGAUCCCCAGGAGAACCGUAACAACAACACCAACAAGAGCCGGGCCGCCGAGCCCACGGUGGACCAGCGCCUCGGCCAGCAGCGAGCCGAGGACUUCCUCAGGAAACAGGCCCGCUACCACGACCGGGCCCGGGACCCCAGCGGCUCGGUGGGCCUGGACCCCCGCAGGGCCUGGGCCGGCAGCCAGGAGGCCGAGCUGAGCCGGGAGGGGCCUUACGGCCGCGAGUCGGACCACCACGCCCGGGAGGGCAGCCUGGAGCAGCCGGGCUUCUGGGAGGGCGAGGCCGAGCGGGCCAAGGUCGGGGACCCCCACCGCAGGCACGUGCACCGUCAGGGCGGCAGCCGGGAGAGCCGGAGCAGCUCGCCCCGCACGGGCGCCGACGGGGAGCCGCGACGCCACCGCACCCACCGCAGGCCAGGCGAGGAGGGCGCGGAGGACAAGGCCGAGCGGAGGUCCCGGCACCGCGAGGGCAGCCGGCCGGUCCGGGGCGGCGAGGGCGAUGGCGAGGGGCCCGACGGCGGCGAGCGGAGGCGGCGGCACCGGCACGGCCCUCCGGCUGCAUACGAGGCGGAUGCGCGGAGGGAGGACAGGGAGCGCAGGCACCGGAGGAGGAAAGAGAACCAGGGCCCUGGGGUCCCCGUGUCAGGCCCCAACCUGUCGACCACCCGGCCAAUCCAGCAGGACCUGGGCCGCCAAGAGCCACCGCUGGCCGAGGACAUCGACAACAUGAGGAACAACAAGCUGGCCACCGCGGGGUCAGCCGGCGCCCACGACAGCCUCGGCCGCCCCGGUCUGCCCCAGAGCCCCGCCAGGACCGGGAACAGCACUGAACCCAGACCCACGCCAGCCCCGCCCACGGCCACCAACCCCCAGAAUGCCGCCAGCCGCCGGACGCCCAACAACCCUGGGGACCCGUCUGACCCCGGCCCCCCCAAGACCCCCGAGAACAGCCUUAUCGUUACCAACCCCAGCAGCACCCAGACCAACUCAGCAAAGACUGCCAGGAAACCUGACCACACCACAGUGGACAUCCCCCCAGCCUGCCCGGCCCCUCUCAACCACACCGUCGUCCAAGUGAACAAAAACGCCAACCCAGACCCACUGCCAAAAAAGGAGGAAGAGAAGAAGGAGGAGGAGGACGACGAUCCCGGGGAAGACGGCCCCAAACCCAUGCCUCCCUACAGCUCCAUGUUUAUCCUCUCUACGACCAACCCCCUGCGCCGCCUGUGCCAUUACAUCCUGAACCUGCGCUACUUUGAGAUGUGCAUCCUCAUGGUCAUUGCCAUGAGCAGCAUCGCCCUGGCGGCUGAGGACCCUGUGCAGCCCAACGCACCGCGAAACAACGUGCUGCGAUAUUUUGACUACGUUUUUACAGGCGUCUUUACCUUUGAGAUGGUGAUCAAGAUGAUCGACCUGGGGCUCGUCCUGCACCAGGGUGCCUACUUUCGUGACCUCUGGAACAUUCUUGACUUCAUAGUGGUCAGUGGGGCCCUGGUGGCCUUUGCCUUCACGAGCAGUACACGUGGCAAUAGCAAAGGAAAGGACAUCAACACAAUUAAAUCCCUCCGAGUCCUCCGGGUGCUACGACCUCUUAAAACCAUCAAGCGGUUGCCAAAGCUCAAGGCCGUGUUCGACUGUGUGGUGAACUCGCUCAAGAACGUCUUCAACAUCCUCAUCGUCUACAUGCUGUUCAUGUUCAUCUUCGCUGUGGUGGCCGUGCAGCUGUUCAAGGGCAAGUUCUUUCACUGCACUGACGAGUCCAAGGAGUUCGAGAAAGAUUGCCGCGGCAAGUACCUCCUCUACGAGAAGAACGAGGUGAAGGCACGGGACAGACAGUGGAAGAAAUACGAGUUCCAUUAUGACAACGUGCUGUGGGCUCUGCUGACUCUCUUCACCGUGUCCACGGGAGAAGGCUGGCCACAAGUCCUCAAGCACUCCGUGGACGCCACCUUUGAGAACCAGGGCCCCAGCCCCGGGUACCGCAUGGAGAUGUCCAUCUUCUACGUCGUCUACUUCGUGGUUUUCCCCUUCUUCUUCGUCAAUAUCUUUGUGGCCUUGAUCAUCAUCACCUUCCAGGAGCAGGGGGACAAGAUGAUGGAGGAAUACAGCCUGGAGAAAAAUGAGAGAGCCUGCAUCGACUUCGCCAUCAGUGCCAAACCGCUGACCCGACACAUGCCCCAGAACAAGCAGAGUUUCCAGUACCGAAUGUGGCAGUUCGUGGUGUCCCCGCCCUUCGAGUACACCAUCAUGGCCAUGAUCGCUCUCAACACCAUCGUGCUCAUGAUGAAGUUCUAUGGGGCCUCGGUGGCUUAUGAAAACGCACUGAGAGUAUUCAACAUCGUCUUCACCUCCCUCUUCUCUCUGGAAUGUGUGCUGAAAGUCAUGGCUUUUGGGAUUCUGAAUUAUUUCCGCGAUGCCUGGAACAUCUUCGACUUUGUGACUGUUCUGGGCAGCAUCACCGACAUCCUCGUGACGGAGUUUGGGAAUCCGAAUAACUUCAUCAAUUUGAGCUUUCUCCGCCUCUUCCGAGCUGCCCGGCUCAUCAAACUCCUCCGUCAGGGUUACACCAUCCGGAUUCUUCUCUGGACCUUUGUGCAGUCCUUCAAGGCCCUGCCGUAUGUCUGUCUGCUGAUUGCCAUGCUUUUCUUUAUCUAUGCCAUCAUCGGGAUGCAGGUGUUUGGCAACAUCGGCAUCGACGUGGAGGAUGAGGACAGUGAUGAGGAUGAGUUCCAAAUCACUGAGCACAAUAACUUUCGGACCUUCUUCCAGGCCCUCAUGCUUCUUUUCAGGAGUGCCACUGGGGAGGCUUGGCACAACAUCAUGCUUUCCUGCCUCAGUGGGAAGCCGUGCGAUAAGAACUCGGGCAUCCUGACUCCCGAGUGUGGCAAUGAAUUUGCUUAUUUUUACUUCGUUUCCUUCAUCUUCCUAUGCUCGUUUCUGAUGCUGAACCUCUUUGUCGCCGUCAUCAUGGACAACUUUGAGUACCUCACUCGAGAUUCCUCCAUCCUGGGUCCCCACCACCUGGAUGAGUACGUGCGUGUCUGGGCCGAGUACGACCCCGCAGCGUGGGGCCGCAUGCCUUACCCGGACAUGUAUCAGAUGCUGAGACACAUGUCUCCGCCCCUGGGUCUGGGGAAGAAGUGUCCGGCCAGAGUGGCUUACAAGAGGCUCCUUCGCAUGGAUCUGCCCGUGGCGGACGACAACACCGUCCACUUCAAUUCUACCCUCAUGGCUCUGAUCCGCACAGCCCUGGACAUCAAGAUCGCCAAGGGCGGAGCUGACAAACAGCAGAUGGACGCUGAGCUGAGGAAAGAGAUGAUGGCCAUCUGGCCCAACCUGUCCCAGAAGACACUGGACCUGCUGGUCACCCCCCACAAGUCCACAGACCUGACCGUGGGCAAGAUCUACGCGGCCAUGAUGAUCAUGGAGUACUACCGGCAGAGCAAGGCCAAGAAGCUGCAGGCCCUACGCGAGGAGCAGAACCGGACACCACUCAUGUUCCAGCGCAUGGAGCCCCCGUCUCCAACCCAGGAGGGGGGCCCCAGCCAGAACGCCCUCCCCUCCUCCCAGCUGGACCCAGGUGGAGGCCUGAUGGCUCAUGAAAGCAGCAUCAAGGAGAGCCCAUCCUGGGUGACCCAGCGAGCCCAGGAGAUGUUCCAGAAGACAGGAACAUGGAGCCCAGAGCGGGGGCCACCCACCGACAUGCCCAACAGCCAGCCCAACUCCCAGUCUGUAGAGUUGCGAGAGAUGGGCAGAGAUGGCUACUCGGACAGCGAGCACUACCUCCCCAUGGAAGGCCAGGCCCGGGCCGCCUCCAUGCCCCGCCUCCCUGCGGAGAACCAGAGGAGAAGGGGCCGGCCACGUGGGAAUAACCUCAGUACCAUCUCAGACACCAGCCCCAUGAAGCGCUCAGCCUCCGUGCUGGGCCCCAAGGCCCGGCGCCUGGACGACUACUCCCUGGAGAGGGUGCCGCCUGAGGAGAACCAGCGGCACCAUCAGCGGCGCCGGGACCGCGGCCACCGAGCCUCUGAACGCUCCCUGGGCCGCUACACAGACGUGGACACAGGCUUGGGGACAGACCUGAGCAUGACCACCCAGUCCGGCGACCUGCCAUCGAAGGAGCGAGACCAGGAGCGAGGCCGGCCCAAGGACCGAAGGCACCGGCAGCACCGCCACCACCGCCACCACCACCCGCACCCCCCACCCUCCGAGAAGGAGCGCUACACCCAGGAGCCGCCUGACCACGGCCGGGCCCGGGCCCGGGACCAACGCUGGUCCCGCUCGCCCAGCGAGGGCCGUGAACACAUAGCGCACCGGCAGGGCAGUAGUUCCGUAAGUGGAAGCCCAGCCCCCUCAACAUCUGGUACCAGCACUCCGCGGCGCGGACGCCGCCAGCUCCCCCAGACCCCCUCCACCCCCCGGCCACACGUGUCCUAUUCCCCCGUGAUCCGUAAGGCCGGCGGCUCGGGGCCCCCGCAGCAGCAGCAGCAGCCACAGCAGCAGCAGCCGGCGGCGCGGCCGGGCCGGGCGGCCCCCAGCGGCCCGCGGAGGUACCCGGGCCCCGCGGCCGAGCCUCUGGCCGGGGAGCGGCCGUCCGCGGGGGGCCACGGCAGCAGCCGCUCGCCCGCGAUGGAGCGGCGGGUCCCGGGCCCGGCCCGGAGCGAGUCCCCCAGGGCGUGUCGCCACGGCGGGGCGCGGUGGCCGGCGUCUGGCGCGCACGCGUCCGAGGGGCCCCCCGGACCCCGACACCAUGGUUACUACCGGGGCUCCGACUACGACGAGGCCGAUGGCCCGGGCGGCGUUGGCGGGGAGGAGCCCCGGGCCGCGGCUUACGACGCGCCACCCCCUGCGCGACACACGUGCUCGCCCAGGACUCCCCGGGCCCCAGGCCCGGCCUGCGCCUCGCCUUCCCGGCACGGCCGGCGACUCCCCAACGGCUACUACCUGGCCCACGGACUGGCCAGGCCCCGCGGGCCGGGCUCCAGGAAAGGCCUGCACGAAGCCUACAGCGAGACCGACGACGACGACUGGUGCUAAGCCCGGGCGAGGUGGCACCCGCGCCCGCCCGGCCCCCCCACGCACCCCACGCACACGCCCCACGGGGAGGAGCCGCGCACAGGCCGCGGGGCCACCUCGCUGCCACCUGCCCAGCACACAGGGGAGGCCCGGAAGGGGCCCAGGAGAGGACCUGCCGGACGACCCCGGGCUCUGGAGGGAGUCCCCAGGACCCGGACACACCAGGGUGUCCCGCAAAGACCCUCGGCCAGAAAAGCCGCUCCUGGGCGGUGAUGCGCCCCCCACCCAACCCCGACCCUCCCCCGCACGACGGGGGCCCUCGGGGGGGCAGACAAACCACACAGCCAAGGGAUUCGAAUUAACUCAGCCAUUUUUGGAGAACCUUGGGGAAAAAUGGAAAUUUAAAAAAAAAAAAAAAACAUUUUUAAAAGAAAAAAGGGGAGAAAAAAAAUCGCUUCUAUUGAUGAGUUUUAUCAUCUCAAUCGAAUCUUUCCUUUCCCUGGUGAACGCGAGCUGGUGGCCCGUGUGGCGGAGAAGCCAGAAGUGAAGCUGAAACCCAGCGUCCCACACAGACCUCCACCAGACACUCAUACCCCACACACGUUCUCAGACACACACAGGAGUGCUUGCUGGUUAUACCAAACCCUACUAUUACUGCCUGCAGAAAUCAAUUUAAAAAAAAUAAACAAUUUUAAAAAGGACAAAAAAAUUAAUGAUUGAGAAAAGAAGCAUUUUUUCUGACAUUUGGUCCUGCUUGAAAUAACAAAAGAAAAAGAAAAAAAAAACACCACCACCACCGAUUUCCUUUGCUUCUUUUUUCCUUUUUCCUACCUUGUUUGAAAACUGUGGGCUUGGGACUGUGAAUUACUGCAUGACAUUCAAAAAGAAAAAAAAAAAUAAAAAAGUUGAAUCAAA